CAGCUCGGAAUGGCUCAACAUGAAGACACAGUUCUGGGAUGAGCACGGCCAGGACCACACUUCCUCAUCCUGGCCAGCACUGCCAGAAGAUCCCACAGAACCAGGGAAAGGCCUGGCUGAGCCAGGCAGUGUUGGUUCCCUGGCAGGAAUCCCUCUUGCUGUGAACAGGAAGGAGGGAAGAGGCGAUGGAGGAACUGUCCUGGCUCUUGGAAUGAACCAGUGUGGAAUCCCUAUGGGAGACAGAAGAAGUGGCUGGUAGGGCAUUGUGCCACUCCUUGAAGGAGGAAGAUGGUGAUGGCUGAUGGUGAUGAGGUGUGAUGGUGCAGGAAAGCCCCAGCGAAGAGGCAUUGUGCAAUGGGAGCAAUGGGAAAGGCUGGCCAAGGGAGGCACCACGUUCUGCAACAGCCUUCAAAGAGUUUCCCUAAGUGUUGCUGCUCUUCAAGGCUUCCUCCUCCAAGAAAAAAAAAAAAAGUAGGGAAAAAAGGAGAUGAGGAAGAGCAAUCUCUGGGUGUGGGAUGAAAGAGGCCUGUCUUGACUAUUUACCCAGCAAUUAUAAGUAAAUCGGUGGUGCCUAACGGGGCCGGUUGCCAUAGUGACGAUGGGAUGGAAGGACCAGCACUUGGUCCUGGCUGCAGCCAAUCAGGCUGGGAAGCCCAAGCUGCAAUAUAAAGUAAAGAUUCCCAUCUUCCAGCCACGCACUUGCCAAGAAAGGGAAAUAGGUUCAAGAGUCUGGGGAAAAAAAGUGCUGCGGCCGGCGGCAACCAGGGCGGCUGCUCCCGUCAUGGCGGACUGCGAACGCCCGGGCAGAGUGGCACUGCUGGGACGUGCAUGGACAGCAUCCCACCCCUGGUCCCCGGAGAGGAGCAGCGAGCCUGGUGGUCCAGAGCAUGGAGAGACAGGAGUGUGGGGCACAGACCCAGGGCAGACCCCAAAGCCAAACAAACUUGUUUACCUUGGAGCUACAAAUAGUGGUGAUUUGAGAUUUGAGCUCGUCCCCCGCUGCUCCCGCGCAAGCAAGGACCAGAAAAAUGAAUAUCCAGGGGAAAGGCUUCCCCUUGGAUCUCGGAGGAAGCUUCACUGAAGAUGCUCCAAGACCACCAGUUCCUGGCGAGGAGGGGGAACUCGUGUCCACGGAUCCAAGGCCAGUUAGCCAUGGUUUCUACUCCGGUAAAAGUGACGUGGUUAGAAAUGAGAUGUCCACAGCAACACCGAGGCGCUCCGAUUUGGAUUUGGGGUACGAGCCCGAGGGGAGUGCUUCGCCAACUCCACCCUACCUGAAGUGGGCCGAGUCGCUGCACUCCUUGCUGGAUGAUCAAGAUGGAAUCAACCUCUUCAGGACUUUCCUGAAACAGGAGGACUGUGCAGAUCUGCUGGACUUCUGGUUUGCCUGCAGCGGCUUCAGGAAGCUGGAGCCGUGUGUGUCUAACGAGGAAAAAAGACUCAAGCUGGCAAAAGCCAUUUACAAAAAAUACAUCCUCGACAACAAUGGCAUCGUGUCCCGGCAGAUCAAACCAGCCACAAAGAGCUUCAUCAAAGACUGUGUCGUGAAACUGCAGAUUGACCCCGACAUGUUUGACCAGGCCCAAACGGAGAUUCAGUGCAUGAUAGAAGACAAUACCUACCCUUUGUUCCUUAAGUCAGAUAUUUAUUUGGAAUACACAAGGACAGGUGGGGAAAGUCCAAAAAUUUAUAGCGAUCCGAGCUCAGGGUCUGGGACAGGUAAAGGACUACCUGGUUAUCUGCCGACUCUGAACGAGGACGAGGAGUGGAAGUGUGACCAAGAGGCCGAGCCCGAGGCCAGCCGGGACUCGGCGCCUUCCAGCAGGCUCACGCAGAAGCUGCUCCUGGAGACGGCCACGCAACGCGCGGCCUCGGCUCGGCGCUACAGCGAGGGCAGGGAGUUCAGGCAUGGGUCGUGGAGAGAGCCUGUUAACCCUUACUAUGUCAACACGGGCUACGCUUUGGCCCCGGCGACCAGUGCCAACGACAGCGAGCAGCAGAGCAUGUCCAGCGACGCCGACACCAUGUCGCUGACAGACAGCAGCGUAGAUGGGAUCCCACCGUACAGACUCCGAAAGCAGCAUCGCAGAGAGAUGCAAGAAAGUGCCAAAGCAAAUGGACGCGUGCCACUACCUCACAUUCCUCGUACGUACCGAAUGCCAAAGGAUAUCCACGUGGAACCAGAGAAGUUUGCUGCAGAACUGAUCAAUCGUCUGGAGGAAGUACAGAAGGAACGUGAAGCAGAGGAGAAAUUAGAGGAGCGCCUGAAACGCGUUCGAGCGGAGGAAGAAGGUGAGGAUGCAGAUAUCUCUUCUGGUCCCUCGGUCAUUAGCCACAAGAUGCCUUCCGCCCAAGCCUUCCAUCACUUUGCUCCUCGUUACGCUGAGAUGGGCUGUGCUGGGGUGCAGAUGAGAGAUGCCCACGAGGAGAACCCCGAAAGCAUCCUGGAUGAACACGUACAGCGUGUGAUGAAAACACCAGGCUGCCAGUCCCCAGGACCCGGCCGUCACUCUCCUAAACCACGGUCCCCGGAAAGCGGCCACUUAGGAAAGGUGUCAGGGACACUGGGAACAAUUCCUCCAGGGCAUGGCAAGCACGCAACAAAAUCAGGAAUGAAGCAGGAUGCAGCUAACUUGUACCACCAUAAACAUGUCUACCACCACAUCCAUCACCACAGCAUGAUGAAACCAAAAGAGCAGAUCGAGGCCGAGGCCACGCAGCGAGUGCAGAACAGCUUUGCUUGGAAUGUAGAUUCACAUAACUAUGCAACAAAGUCAAGAAACUACAGUGAAAACUUGGGCAUGGCCCCUGUCCCCAUGGACUCUUUAGGCUACAGUGGGAAAGCGAGUCUGCUCUCCAAAAGGAAUGUUAAGAAGACUGAUUCAGGGAAAAGUGAUGGUGCCAACUAUGAGAUGCCAGGAUCUCCUGAAGACGUGGAGAGAAACCAGAAGAUCCUUCAGUGGAUCAUAGAAGGAGAGAAGGAGAUCAGCAGGCAUAAGAAAACAAACCAUGGCUCUUCAGGUGCUAAGAAGCAGCUGUCCCAUGACAUGGUCCGGCCCCUCUCCAUCGAGCGACCCGUCGCGGUGCAUCCGUGGGUCAGUGCCCAGCUCCGGAACGUCGUCCAGCCUUCUCACCCCUUCAUCCAAGAUCCUACCAUGCCGCCCAACCCGGCCCCCAACCCUCUCACCCAGCUGGAAGAAGCUCGCAGGAGGUUGGAGGAAGAGGAAAAAAGGGCUGGAAAACUCCCCCUUAAACAAAGCAGGUUGAAGCCCCAGAAGAGGCCGGGCAGCGGCGCGUCCCAGCCGUGCGAGAACAUCGUGGUCGCUUAUUACUUCUGUGGAGAGCCCAUCCCCUACCGCACCCUGGUCAAGGGGCGCGUGGUCACCCUGGGACAGUUCAAGGAGCUGCUGACCAAGAAAGGGAACUACAGGUAUUACUUUAAGAAGGUGAGUGACGAGUUCGACUGUGGUGUGGUCUUCGAGGAGGUGCGGGAGGACGACACCAUCCUGCCCAUCUUCGAGGAGAAGAUCAUUGGGAAGGUGGAGAAGAUUGACUAAGGCUCCAGGGCAGCCGAGGCGUGAGGACAGGACUGUGAAGGACUCUGGGACCGGAGGAGAAGGCCUGGGGCAGACACUGGUGGUGCUGCUGCCACGGGCACCGGGCGAGCCCAGGGCGGAGAGCGGCAGCCCCGCUCUCCAGCACGGACCUGGGCAAGCUCCAGGAUGCCAGUGGAUGCCGUUUCACCCCAUGAACCUGCCAGUGGGAGCCUGGGCUCCCUCUCCAUACCGAAUAUAAGUGUAAUGUAGCAUUGUACAGUGCAUUAGAAAGUGUAAUAUGACCUUGUUUACUAAAGCUGCAUAUUUUUGAUAUAUUGUAAUAAAAGGAAAAUAUUUCCAAUGUCACAGUGCUCUUAUGUAAAUGUAAAACAUACAGGUACUGCAGAACUCGCCCAAAGUGUACAGCCAUCCGUCAGGCUCCGGCUGCUCCGUGCUUUCCCGGCACCCUGCCCCGUUCUCCCGGCGUGGAUGGCUCUGGAGCACCGUGGGGCAGAGCAGCUGUCACCCCACGUGGAAGGGUCCCAAGGGGCUGUGAAGAUUUUUGAGCCACUUGGAAGGAGUCAGUCUCUGGCCUCCUUGGCAGGCUCAGCUGCUGGAUAUGGUUGGAUGGGUCUUUUUUUUUUCCUCCUGAGCUUCCUUGCGACCGAGUAAAUCCCCAAGGGAUAAAAGGGUCAGUGCUCCCUGCAGAGCAAGGACCAGCUGGGAGCUGGGGUGGCAGGCUGGGUGCUGGCAUCCCAUGGCCUGCAUGCUCAUGUGUGUAUCCCCUGUGUGCCCCUGGAGAAGGUGCUGGCACCCAUGUGCCUGGUGCAGAUGCACCCAGACCCCUGGGCCAAGCUCUGGCAUUGGGCAGGGAACUCUUUAGGAGAACCAUAAUAGGGAGGGAACUGUGAGACACUAAAGCUGAGGACAAAACACCUUUUUUUAUGAGUCCUGCAUCUUUUGUCUGCUUCUGUGUCUCAGGGGAGGCAGCAGGAGGGCACUGCACCAGGGGGGUUAUUGAUGCCAGUUUGUGAGGCUCACAUAGGGCCAGAUCACCCACUUGGCAGAAGUGGGUGACCCAGAACCCUGGGAAGCCUCCUGGGCUUACUCAGUUGCAAGGAAGCCUGGGCUGUGCCGGUGCUCCCACCACCCUGCCUGUCCCCAGCCCGGGCCCUGCUGCUCCAGCAUGGCUGCGACUGUGCCAGCUCCUUCAGAGACCAGCCCUUGCCCACCCACAGAAACGGGAGUGGCCCCAAAGCCGGGGCUUUCCACAUCAGUGCUCGCCCUGCCCAGCACUGCUCUCAGCCACAGCAGUGUUGGGGCUGCCGGGCACCCCGUGGCACCGCGCCGGGACGCGACUCAGCCUGUUGUUUAUGUCACCGAGUGCCUUUAAAACACGGUCCUGGGACUUGCCUAAAAUGCUACGUGAGGUCCAUCAAAAUCUGCAGAUGUUUUCAGCCCGGGAACAGCGUUUCAAGGGGGUUUGCUCCCUGUUUUUUGAAGUUCUGAUGGUGGUGUGUCUGGUGAGGUUGUUAACGUGCCCGGGAUUUCCGUCUCCCCCUUUUUUCUCGGGGGUCCCUGUAAAUAUGUACAGCGGCCGCGCAGCCCCGGCGACGUUUCCUCUGCAUUCUCAUGUGCUGACUUGUACAAUGAUCUUUUCAAAGGUACUUGGAUAAAAUGAAAUAAAACCCCACGUCCCACUG